UGCCCGUCAACUUUUGACGUUAAAUUCCAGGGCAGACUUAGCUACAAGUGCUACGGGGUCUCUUGCCUCAUUUACGUGUUUCGGGCCGCGCGAUCGUGCUGCAGCUCCAACCGGAAUUCUCAUAAAUCCCGCUCGCCAGGAAAUGUUAAAUCCACCCGGUCCCAACCGAACGGACUAAGACUGCAACGAGGACUUCUCCACAUCGAAAAGAACGGCUUCUUACCUGCAAAGAUGGCAUCUAGAGGCGGACCAAUGAUCACUGGGACGGAUGGCACCGAUUUUCAGCACAGACAGCGAGUGGCAGCGCACUACCAAAUCAGUGUCCUCAACAAAUCCCGACUGAAAUAUUGUAUAUUUUUCCAUUCACUACUAUUUCUUGCAAUGUUAGCCAAACUCUCAGCUGACAUACUGGAUCGGUUAGAUAUUUUCAUUUUAGAAAUUGAAGAGUUGGAGAUCCCUACACCACUUUUCUGGGAAUAUGCUUGGUGCUUAUCAAUACUAUGGUCUCUUGUCGCUUUAUCAGCCAUUCGUCAUAACCGAAUACGCGACAUGCAAAAGUACAUUAUUGGACUUUGUGUGUUUGGAUUUCUGCCAUUGAUUUAUUGUUUCCUGUAUUAUUUCGGCGACGUUUGGGAAUACUUUACACUAGAUAGUGGCGUCGAUAUCGAGGAUACGGACGUAUUGAUGUGGCGGGGCAUGCCCUACGGGUUACUAUGGUAUGCAUUUGUUCUAGUCGGUUUACAGGUUCAUGGAUUUUCUGCACAUUUCGCCUGGAAUCUUGUACAAGUAUGGAGACAACGGAGUGCAGCACGAAAAAUGCAAUAAAUUUAGAUUUUAAGCUAAACGAGACUUGAAGACACAAACACAUCCAUACACACCGAAUUAAACACAAUAAAUUAUAUUCAACCAAACAAACGGAACAAUCUCUCUAUUUUUGUCAAUCAUUUCGACAGCUAGAAAAGGAAAAGGCCAAACCAGAAUACAAUAAAACCAAAUUGUUAUUUUCAAAGUAGAGAAUUGUUGUUUCUUUGGAACAUGGUGCACAAGAGAACUGAAACUAGUGAGAUUUUAGAUGAAACGAUUGCAAAUUAAAGACGAAAGAUGAAAAACUGAACACUAUUUUUGGAAAAGUCUAUUUUAUAGGUGAGAACAAUCUGUUGAUGAGAUUUUCUGUUUUCUAUUCUCAUUACUACGACAACAAGUAUGUAAACACACUGCCUCAAUUCAAAAACAUUCACUUCAACACAAAAGAUAAAUUUCAACUAAACCGUUCCAAUUUGUUUAUUGUAUUCAACAUUCUCAUACACAAACGAUGUUUAUCAUGCCACCGCCGCUAAGCUUGCAUUGAGUUGUGAACUUUCAAAACUACGAAAACGAAAUACUCGCACUACUUUAAAACGAGACCUAUACCGAACAUAUUUCCUUUUAGUUUGUCGUCACAUAAUUUUAAACCACCUCAUUUGAACAAUUCGUCCUUAAACUCGUUCCUGAAAUUCCAACUCCUUGAGUUGCAGCUUGAAAGAAAAUAAUUAGGACGCACAUAUGCGCACAUGAUUGUUCCAAUCAUUUGAUUUAGUCAUUAGAGAAUUUGCCUAGUUGUUGUUUUCUGUUCUUAAAUGUGAAAAUGUUACAUGUACAAAACUAUAAAACAAAAAAGAUACUUAAAAAUUGACUUAUUGAUAGUAGACGUGACACUAAAAUAGAUAUUAGUCCGAGGCGGAUUGUUUUUAAUUGGAAAGAGGAUGGAGGAAGAAGUAGAAAUGAUAAAUUGAAGCAAUACUUUAUAGAAUAGAAUUGUGAAAAUAAAAUCCAUGUGCCUAAUGUUAGUAAUUCUCAAUGGAAAUUGUUGAACUGAAUUGAUUUAUUGUUGUAAAGAAUGUUUGUUAAAAACUCCGCCCCAAAUGAUAUGAUUUCAUUUAUUAAAGUAAUAAAUGUACUGUAAUUUUAUUGUGGAA